AUGGCAGUAUUUGGUUUACAGAUAGUCAUAUCAUUAGUUGUAUUUUGUUUUUUAACUAAACUAACAAAAUAUUAUUCAUUCGGUCGUUGGCUACUGUGUAAAGGUUUAUUUCGUUAUUGGCCACCAACAAAUGAAGAAUUUAAACAAGCUAUAAAACAACUUUAUGCAAAAGAAUCAAAUAAUAAGUCAAAAAAACAAUCAAAUAUAUCUAAAUCCUAUCAUAAAUCCUCAUCAAUUAAUAAUAAUAAUGAUUCAUCAAAUACUGUAGAAGAAUUUCCUAUUCCAAUGGAUACAUCAAUUGAAUUAAAAUUAAUUCCAUUGGCACAUCAUGACGCAAUACAAGUAAAAUACAUUGAUGAUUUUUUUUCCUUAGUUGAUUUUAUAUCAGGUUCAAUAAUUAUAUUCGUAUCAACUGAAAUAUACUUUUAUAUAGUUCCAAUAUUUCGUCAAAAUAAUGAACAUUUAAAUGAAAUAAAUUUAAGUUUAUUUUGGUGUUUUAUAUCUUUACUACUUGCUCUAGCAGUAUUAACAAAAUUUGUACGUGAAUAUUUAAAAGUUGAUGAAGGUAUUUUAUGUAUUAUAUUUGGUGCUUUAUCAUUUUUACUUGCAUUAUGUUUACAAUACAUAGAUGAAAGAUUUUUUGAUUUUAAUUUAAAAGAAACCUAUGGAAAUCAUACAGUCGUAUAUGAUGAUGAUAAUGAUGAAGAAAUAAAAUAUCUUGAUCGUCGUUUUAUUUAUUUUGUUAUGUUAUUAUCUAUAUUAAAUGCCUAUCAAACAAUAAUCCUGUUUUUUCCAGCAUUUCGUUUUGGUCAAUUGCAAUACUUAUUUUUAAUAAAAAAUAAAAAGAAAACAAAUUUUAAAAAUAUAUGUUUACUUAUUUUAACAUUAAUUAAUUUUAUACUACCAAUAUUUAUAUGUUUAUUAUGGUUUAAACCAAUCAUAAAACGUUUGGAUGAAAAUUUAUUAUUAAAAUUAAAAAUUAUUUCAAUUAUUUCGUCGGUUUUCUUACGAAUUUGUUUAUUUAAAUCAUAUACACAAAUCUAUCUGGAUACAGCAUUUGAUCGUGUUAAAGUUUUAUAUGAACAACAACAAUUAACAACAACACGUGUAACUAAUAUAUCUUAUCAACGUAAUGUAACAUCAAUAUUCUUCUAUCUUGGUGUUGUUACAUCACAAUAUAUUUUACCGGCCUUUAUCGAAUUAAUAAUUUGUUUUUAUUUCAAAGUAUAUUCAGACCGAAACUCAAGUAUUGUUAUAAAUUCAAAAUCACCACCACAAUGGUUACAACAUUUUGAUAAUUAUAUGAUGAAUUCAACAUACACAAAUUCAUCGGUAAUUACAACAUGGAAUGAUUUAAAUACAUUUUUCAAUAAUCAACAUAUUACUGUUUUACUUUCAUAUUUAUUAUUCUGGCAUCAUACAAUAUUUUGUUUUAUAAGUUGCGGUUCAUUGCUUUACAAUACUUAUAUACAACGUGAACAAAAUAUAAGUGUUAAAAACGACUAA